AUUGUAUCAAAUGUACUCGCGAGCGAUGUUGUUGCGUACUUCUCGUUACUAGGAUCACCAGAUUUUCGUGCAUGUUUUGCAGUCGUACUAUUCAGAAAAGUUUCGUGGAAUUAAAAUCGCUUGUGGACUAUACAAAUCGAAGAGAAUUCGGUAAGACUGCAUGUCACGAACAUCAGAGCGUUUCGGACAAGCUCACGGCCCAGCGAUCUACUAAAGCUCUAAUAGCUGACACACCAGUCAAUUGUCGCUCUGUCUAUCUACUUCGACUUAAUUGUUCCGGCCGACUUGUUGCUGCGGCACACGGAGAUCGCUCUGUUUGUGUUUAUUGCGCUUCCACUGGCCGACUACUGUUAAAAUGCAUUGGUCAUGAAAAAUCUCCUUGGACACUAACUUUUCAUCCAACACAACCCUUCUUGCUUGCGAGUGGAUGCCUUGGUGGCAAUGUACGGCUUUGGAAUUUAGAGCAUUUGGCAGUACUUGGUGAUGAAAAAAUCGAGGGCAUUGUGGAACUAUCAUCUGUAUGCGUUUGGAAGCACACGGGUGCAAUCGCAUCCCUUACUUUCCAUCCAGUUCAUCCCAUACUAGUAGCAGCAUGGACUCAAGAAGUGGUCUUUUAUGAUUGGGUAUCUGGCCGGAUACUUUCGGCAUGGCGAUUUGUAUCAAAUCAUUCACGCGUAAGAUGGGUGAAAUUCGCCCCUGAUGGAACAGUCUUAUACACAGCAACCGCCAAUCCAUCCAACAAUGAAUCAGUUUAUGUACAUAAGCAAUCUGAUCAACCAGUGGUUAGGAGCCCAACAAAAGUAGUAGCUACCAAAUACCCGAAAGAACCAUCUUAUAUCCAAGUGGAUCAUGAUGGCGUCAAUGUAACUCCCGAAGCCUCAUGUGAUCUCACAGUACCUCGUGAUACUCUUUUAGAAUAUCUUGUCAAUUGUUCUGAUUCCUGGUUUCAAAGUCUCGGUAUAUGUUCCGUUUGUUCGGUUCGUUUAUGUCGGUGGGCUGGAACUCUCGGACCUAAAUUCCCAGCAACGACGACAGAUAUUCGCCUUGGGAUGUCUGUGGCACAACAAGCCGCAGCUAUUAUGGCCACCAGUACUUCGUCCAACAUGAUACCAUCACAUGUCCAACAUCUACUGAACCUGACAAAUCCCAAUAAUCGUUCUGAAGUGUAUGAGCGUCUCUGUCGUGAUGCUAACCCAGCUGCCGUAGCCAUAAUUGAAGAUAUGCCAGUACAUGAAUUCCUCCGCUCAAGAGGCAACUACUGUCAAUCCCCAUGGGUUGCAAUCUCGAAUAACGGUGUAUGUUGUGGUGGUCAUGCUUGUGAUUUGGUGAUUACUCAUCGCGAGUUAAUGCGUCAUUCUUUAUGCCGACCUUGCCUCUCCUCGUUUUGGUCUUGGGCUAACAAACAUAUUGCUUGGUGGCGUUGGUCGUUUUCUACAAAUGAUGAACAAUCUCUAAAUUCUACGUCAAAUGCUAGCAGUACAGCAGGUUGUGUACCAACUCCUAUAUCCUUUGGAAAAACGAAUAAUGCGGAAAAGUCUUCUGAUAUUGAGCCUCCUGUUGGCAUUUGCAUCCAGUGUCAAGCUAAAAUGUCCUUACAAUUACAAUCAUCACCCAGUGUGUCACUGACAUGUAAUCAAUCUCCCGUUUUAUCUCAUGGAGCUGGUUCUGAACUUAAGGAAUCCGACGUCCUGUCAGUUAAUGGAAAAACCUCUAAAUCUCUCCGCUUAAUGCCGCUUGCAGCUUUGGAUCUUUUGCGUUCAAGGUUAAGUAAUGCUCAUGAAGUUACUCCAGUAACUUACGUAGCCACCGACUUAAUCAACGAUUUUGUUUUCAGUCAACACAUUAAAAAACUGUUAAUCAAUGGCAGUGAUUCCGAUCUCAAUUUAUCUCAUACCCUGUGGGACUCAAAUAUUACUAUACCUUACAAUCAGGUGGGACAGAUAGUCGUGUGUGCCUCUUCAUCUAAGCGUCGAAAAAUGGAUAAUCAAUUUCAGAAUAAAAUACUUUUUAGUCAGUGUGGUAGUCAAUUAUCUUUUGACAAUAGCUCAAUUUUAAAGCCCGUGCUCAUGGAUUCUGAUCCAAAAGAUGAAUUAUUUGGAUCUAAACUUCCGAACACUCUUCUAACGUGUAAAUAUCGUUUGCCGCAGGAGGCCUCUGAUUUGGGCGCAUACACGCGCGACAACCCUGAUAACAAUUGGAAUUAUCCACGUCCUGCUACCGUUCACUACACUUCUAGUGUCAUACCUUGGAUGUCAUCGUCGAUUUUCCCGUACGUCCAGACUGGAGCUUCUCUGUUAAGAUCUCCCCGCCAACUUACCGAUUCUCUUUCGGAAUCCACUAUUGUGGAUCAAAUUUCAGGGUUGUCAACUUCUAACAAAGUCUCUGUGAACGAUACACAGCAUGUCGACAGUUGUGAAACUGAUCCAUGUGAAGGACCCAACCGAAGUUCAAUGACUGCAUGUUGCCGUUGUGGCCGUAUUGUUCUUCAGACAUUUCCCGUUGAUCCACACUCUAAUAUCAGUGCAGUUGUUUGUGAAAAAUUAAUUUAUUCUGAAAAUCGGUACUUAACUCCUAGUUCCCAGAAAGCUCAUGGUAACAUUCAUUCACAAUGUUCAUCUAACCAAGAUCCCCAUACUCCCACAAAUCAUCCUUCUUAUCAGUUUGACUUAUCGUCAUUGAACUCUUGUCCGUCUGGUUCUACUUCUCUGUCUAACCGAUCCAGAAACGUGGGGGCUAGAAAGUCGGAAACUGCUGAAAGAUCGGUGAAUGCCGUGCUUCAUCUGAUUGACCAAACAGGAAAUAAUUCUGUUUUAAAUGCAGUGAAUCGCAGUAUAACUGAGGUUAUAACAGGUCUCUUUGUUGAUAUGGGUGAAUAUGGAUCCGCCUCUAGUCUUCAAGAUGUUACACAUCGUAUUUGCCGGUGGGAACUAAGUUUAUGCAGUCCUAUCUAUAAUACUCCUUAUUUGUCUUCAUCUGGUGAACGUGAUUCAGCAAGAAGUGUGUGCUUGCCCAUGCCAACCAACGUUGCUGUAUCAUAUAAUAAUAAUAGUCUUGUUGUUCCUCACGCUCGUUUGUUUAAUGAUUCAUCUGUCUGUCUCUCACCAGAUGGACGCCUUCUUGCUGCAUUUGUUAUUCCUCGAGAAACAUCGUGCUAUACAUUACAGUCAUCUCAGUCUUCCGCUUUACUCGGUACACUUCUCGCUGUGUAUCGUCUGCAACCAGAACAUAACCGUGGUCAGUGUCUGUUCGCUCGCCGCUUCACCGCAUCUAGUCCUGUAUGUGUUGACUUCAGUCCUUUAGGAGAUUUUUUGGCAGUCGGGUUAGCAACUACACGCAUACCUUCAGAACCAUUCUCUACCACGAGUGAGUCGUCUACACAAGAAAGUCUUUUAAGAUAUGGUAGUUCUUCAUCGCUCCAGGACCAUUCAGACCUCCGUCAGCCAAACGUGAAAUGUUCGUGCCAAAGACAAUCCUCUGUCGGUAAGUGUUUAGAUAUUAUUACUCUCUACUUUGAUUUGAGUGAAAUGAGCAUAUCGGUGGAACAACACGAUUCAUAAUUAAAUAAUUUUUGUCCUUUGAACAGACACAUCCAGAUUUUGUAAAUUGUACAGUUAUUUUAACAAAUAGUUCCACUGUCGUGAUUUGAAGGUUAUUUUGUAUCAUUUAUUGUAAUAACUGCAGACAAAUUAUCUGUAACUGUUACGCUCUCCACCAUCUAAUGUCCCCUAGAUACUGUAUUUCUCUCGACUUUUUGCAAACCAGAACAAGCAUCGAGGGGGAACAAUAUAUAUUCCAAUUAACCUGAAAACACAAAGAUAUAAUACUAGUAAGAUUAUAUGGAAUUUACAUGAGCACCUCUGUUCAUUCACUAGCAUUGAUUGAUGGGAAAACGGAGCAAUCAACAUAUUCCGGUGUGAGUCCGAUCUCAACAGGGCUAGUCAAAGUCCUAUGUUGUGCAAACAAUAACAAUAUGGUUUAUCAUUAGUAAUUUCUAAUCAAAUAGGUGAAAUGCAUUUGUAAUAAGUGUGUUUUAAAGUUUUACCCAUGCAUAAUAAAGCCAAUCUAUCCUGGUUCUUCAUGAACGUGGCAAUAAUUUUUUCAUUAUAAUCUUAAACAAGAGACGAAUUCAGAAUUAUUACUGUAUGCUGUGGUGGUCGGUAUUCGAUAUAUCCCGUAAACUUCGUAUACAAUUCGUCUUGAUCACCGUCCCAUUUAACCCCAACGGUAUAUUAUUCAGAAGGCGAAUACGAAGCGUUGAUUACGUUUAUUUCGAGACCACACACACAGAUGUCCAAAAUUACAGAUGCAUUAAACGAGCAUUAAGAGUUGUGUGGAACGGCAAACAGGCAAGCGAGCGACUGAGCGAAUGUAAGUAAUCGAGUACAAUCAAGCGAGCGAGAAAGCAGAGUCAGCCAUAUGAAUAACAUGAACAUAUAUAUAGCAUGUGAAAUUAAUGAGUAAUCGAAUCAAAUAAGUGGUUAGUAGUGAGACUAGCAGAGUGAAUAAAUGCGUAGGCCGUAAGCAAUAUUCAAGCAUGCGUAUUUCAUACAAGCACAAAAUAAUAAUAAGGGUACAAUAAAUUGUUAUAGUGCGGAUAGCUUUGUCCGCUAAAUAAGUUAGCAAAAGGGCUUAACUGAGUUAAAUGAGAAUAAACCCAUUUGCACGUGAGUCGCUAUAAUGCCACUAUUUAAGGCGUGAUUGGUUUCAAUAACAAUAUCUAUCAUUUUACUUAGACUUCGUAGUAUUAUCUUGUUUCGUUUCAAAUGUUUGAUAUCAUUUACCAUUUACACUAUCCUGUUUAUAGCCCCUAUUUUGUCGUUUUUGCUUGUGCCAGAUGAAUUUAUUAACUGACACUUAUAGUUAUUGGAAAAUCCAUUUGUUUAGUAGUCUACUCUGACGGUUGCAAUAAGCUUAGAUUGAUAUAUGUCAGCUUUUUAAAUGUACCAUUGAUGUUUAAAGUUCGAGUUGGGUAUUAUCAACCAGAUUACCUUACAUCUAUAAUCACAAUGAAUUUCAGAAAUCAGUCAUUAAAUAUUAUAAUUUUACCGAAUCGCGUUAUAUUAUUAUGUGUGUCAACUAACUUUCAAUAUUAAAGAUCAAUCAUUUUUUCACUUUAACUGUAUAUUAAUUUACACUUCACUACCAUUUAUUAUGCAUUAAGAGUUCAGUGUUAUUUUUUACAUAUUUGCUCUUAGAAUAUGGUGAUUCAUGUUAUGUUUUUCCUGUUAUUGUGGUAUUUUCUUUCAUUUCUUCACCAUAGCGUGCGUUUUCCACCUUCAACGUUCCAAAACACAGAAGGGUCAAAUUCGUCGGAGCCUGCGUGAUAUUCAAAAUAUCAAACAUCCUGCACUUUUGGAUCCUGUCUCAUCAAGAUAUCUUGAAUUAUCUAGUCCAUCUUCAGAAAAAUUAGAUCGCUGGCACCGGUUAUUACUUUCAGCUCAAAGUGGAAUCUCUUUGAAUACCAUUGUUUGGAAUGCCAAUGGCAGCAUUCUUUACGGUACUACCAAAGGUCUCAUCGUAAUUUCUCAUGGAAAUCAAUCUUCUUCCGUAUCAAUUCUACCACUCCGUUGUACCAAGUCACAUAUGCAGUCUGUAAACGACUGCGAAGUUUCUUAUAGAAGAAAACACUUUAUAAAUCAAGCACAAACUAUUACUAGUUCCUCUAACUUUUCCGUUCCUCAGUCUCGUGCUGUAAUUUAAAUACUGACUUUUUAAAUCUAUGUAUAUUUAGGUUUACUGUGCAUUUAGUUUAUCUUAAUUUUUGCUCAUUUUACUGGUAAACCCAUCCGUAAUCAUAUUUCUACUGGAUUUAAACAAAAAUAGACGCUUUAUGGCGAUUCCAAUCCCACAUUCAGAGUACCUAUCUUAAUUUUCUAUCUGGAAACCGGUAGUGAUUAAAAUAAAAGUUUAUUUUUUAUAACUCCGUUCCAUUUUUUUGAAAUAUUUAAGUUUAUUAUACUACAGUUCAUAUAGUGUUGUUUUCUCACUAUGUAAAACAGAUUCCCACUAAAUCGAUCAUGUUUGUUUAUAAACCUGCUCACUGACUAUUCAGGAAUUGUUUGUUCACUAUAUUGUACGAUUUUAACUAUUUUCUCACUUGCGUUUUACCAAAAGCAAAGAUAUUUUGUUUCAUACUAAUCGUUUCAUUUUUGUUACGCAGAAAGUUAAUAUUUAUGUUAGAACUUGUUAUUAUGUGAAAGGUUUACUUCCUUGUGUUUGUUUUCUUUUGUAUAAUCUACCUCAGCUAUGUCCCAGUGAUCUUUAAUGUUACUAACUCGGUUUUACUUUUAUUUUGAAAUUCUAACUCAUUUCUUACUAAAAAUAUAUAUUUCCGGUUUGAGUU